GGCAAUUUCAAUUUACAAGUGAAAAAUUGGCGUCUGAUCGAUCUAUCGGCAUUCUCGGCUCUCGCAACCAAGUUCGGCCUGUUCGACUCCAAAGAACACAGUAGCCACGGGACAGAGUAGCUUCACUUGAACAAAAGCUUCCCCGUAAAACCUAACCCUAUUCACAAUUUCACUUCUCCAUUAGGGUUUCUUCUCCUCAUACUUAAUAUGGACGGUGACGACGAGACCUCGGGUCCGAUGAUCGACGAAAUCUACGCCAACGGUAGCGACGAUAGUAACCGCAACCGACGCCCUAUUACCAGUGGCGACCAGCUCGACAUUGAAGCAUAUGCGAGCCUCUACACCGGUCGCACCAAGAUUGUGCGGCUCCUCUUCAUAGCCGAUCACUGCGAAAAGAACUCUACUAUGGAGCUUGACGCGCUUCGCAUGGCCUACGAUGAGAUUAAGAAGGGAGAGAACACCCAGCUGUUCAGAGAAGUUGUGCAGAAGAUUGAUGGGCGAUUGGGGCCCAAUUACGGCAUCGACGUGGCAUGGUGUGAGGCGGUAGAUCGAAGGGCAGAGCAGAGGAAGGAUAAGCUCGAAAAUGAGCUCAAUGCCUACAAGACAAACUUGAUCAAAGAAAGCAUAAGAAUGGGAUACAAUGAUUUUGGAGAUUUUUACUAUGCUCACGGUCAACUUGGUGAUGCUUUUAAAAAUUAUGUUCGUACCCGAGAUUAUUGCACAACUUCAAAGCACAUUAUUCAUAUGUGCAUGAGUGCCAUUCUGGUUAGCAUUGAGAUGGGUCAAUUUACUCACGUCACAAGCUAUGUUGGUAAGGCAGAACAGACACCAGAGGCCCUUGACCAGGUUACAGCUGCAAAGUUACGUUGUGCUGCAGGAUUGGCAAAUCUGGAGGCCAAAAAGUACAAGCUGGCUGCUCGAAAGUUUCUUGAAACGGCCCCAGAACUGGGAAGCCACUACAAUGACGUGAUUGCACCUCAAGAUGUUGCAACGUAUGGUGGACUUUGUGCACUUGCAACAUUUGAUAGGGCAGAGUUAAAGACCAAAGUUAUAGACAAUCCUGUUUUCCGGAAUUUCUUAGAGUUGGUACCUGAAGUAAGGGAGUUGAUAAACGAUUUUUACUCAAGCCACUAUGCAUCCUGUCUGGAAUACCUUGGAAACCUAACAAAUCUGUUGCUUGAUAUACAUUUGCAUGACCAUGUAGAGACACUUUAUGAUCAAAUCCGCCACAAAGCCCUCAUCCAGUACACACAUCCUUUUGUGUCUGUUGAUUUACGCAUGAUGGCUAAUGCAUUCAAGACAACUAUUGCGGGACUUGAGAAAGAACUUGAAGCUUUGAUUACUGACAACCAGAUACAGGCUCGAAUUGAUUCACACAACAAAAUUCUGUAUGCACGGCAUGCAGAUCAAAGAAAUGCCACUUUCCAAAGUCUGGAGGCUGGAGGGGACUUUGAUCGGGAUGUCAGGUCCAUGCUGCUGAGAUCAAAUCUUAUCAAGCAUGAUUACAAUCUCAAGGCGUCAAGGAAACUUUGAUUUUGGAUUGGAUGAUGGUGGGACUGACGUUGCUAUUACAUACACUCAAGAGACAUUGGUAGAGCUAUAUAAUAGAGAAGAGUUCCAGGCUGAAGUUCCAUAAAUAUUGCCUUGAUUUAUGGUGGGCUGUUAAACAUUUCUUGCAUCAUUUAACGGAUAAACUAUGGCUGCUAUUUUGUAUAUACUUUGUACGAUUCGAAUGAAUUAUUCAGAAGCUCAUUUACUUUAUGGUUA